UGAUGGAUUUAUUUAUUUAUCUUCUGAUGCCUGAGUCAUAUAAGAAAUUUUUCUCUCGUAAAAAAGCAGAUUAAAAUCGACGUUCCGGUGGCGAGGAAAUUGAACGGCUGAAACUAACCGUAGAGGCACUGCAUGUUACAGACACAGAGCCGAGAGCUGUCCUGUCUGGCUGUCCUCCGUUCUCCGUCUCUCCGGUCUCCGAUUCUCUUCGAAAUUUGAAUGAAGCAGAAAAUCAACCCCUCAAAUUCAAGAAUGUUCCCUCUCUAAUAUAGUCUUGUAUAGUCUAGUGACUAGUCUGGCUUGGUUGUGUUCAAAUGCUUUUUGAGUGUUGGUGUUUAGGCCAUGAAUGUUAAUUCGACCUCUUCGAAUUCUCAAUCUAUGGCGGCAUCGACGCCUCUAGAUGCCUCAGGCAAGAAGGUGCGGAAACCUUAUACCAUUACCAAGUCCAGGGAGAGCUGGACCGAAGAAGAGCAUGAUAAGUUCCUUGAAGCUCUGCAACUAUUUGAUCGUGAUUGGAAGAAAAUUGAAGACUUUGUUGGUUCAAAAACUGUAAUUCAGAUAAGAAGUCAUGCCCAGAAGUACUUUCUGAAGGUCCAAAAAAAUGGUACAGUGGCACAUGUACCCCCUCCUCGCCCCAAACGCAAAGCUGCUUACCCUUAUCCACAGAAGGCAUCUAAAAAUGCUUUACUGCCACUGCAGGCCUCCAUGGCUUAUCCUUCUACUUUGAAUUGUGUUGCACCUGGGUAUUCCCCAUGGGAUGACAAAUCUGUGCUUACAAGUACUCCAUCAAAUAGAACUGCUCCCUCCCAAGAUGACUAUACCAAUCUUCAUGCAAUUGAAGCUGAUGUUGGAUCAAAGGGGGUGGCAAGGACAGGUAAUAGCAACUUCAGUGGCAUUGGAAGCUCAAGUAGAGCACUGCCAAGUUGUGAUAUACAGGGAAAGCGGGGUUCUCUUCUUCAUGGUAUACCAGACUUUGCUGAAGUGUAUAGCUUCAUUGGGAGUGUCUUUGAUCCAGAUACUAAAGGCCAUUUACAAAAGCUCAAGGAGAUGGAUCCCAUUAAUUUUGAAACUGUCCUAUUGUUAAUGAGGAACCUUACAGUCAAUUUAUCUAGUCCUGAUUUUGAGCCAAUUAAGAAAAUUCUGUCAUCAUAUGAUGUGAAUAUGAAAAUGGUAGGACGUGCAUCAGGAGGUGCUGCUACAAACCAGGAUAAUGAUCUUCACCCAUGUUGAACUGCGACAACUUGUGAUGCGGAGCUCAAGUCUUCACUCCAACGGUAUUGCUGUGGCCAGGGUGUGAUUAUAAAGGAUCACUUAAUGAAAGAAUUUCUUAGCUUGUAGCCCAAGAAUAAGGACAUAGAUGCCAGUGGCUUAAUGAAUUAUGUUUGCCUAAUAAUUUACUGAUUUUGAUCUCUAACCUAAAGGACCUUUUUGAUGCUUUUUGUGGCUUAUA